AUGGCUGGCAAGAAGCAGCAGCAGGUACUCCCGCCCCCUCGCGCUCCCUCGUCCAUUCCACCCCCAGGCUUUGCUGACCCGCGCGACGCAAGGAAAUGGUCCAGCUCUGCCUCCCCUUUCUGGCGGACCAGCUCCGGCGCCGCUAAGAGCUAUGACAGCAAGAAAGUAGUCGGCGCGUCAUACUCCCACACCGACAUCCUACGCUUCGAUUCGCUUUCCCUUUCGAGCUCCUCCCGCCCGCGUUCGCCAAAUUCAAAGAAAUCGCACGGCCACGAGAGUCCGACCACUACCCGCGCUAGCCCCGCAGCACCCUCUGCCCAAAAGCCGUAUUCAUACCUCCAAUCCAACAACGACCCCGACGACGACGAAGAUGACGAGGAGGAGGAACCGGAGAUCACAUUUGACGACGAUGAGGACGAAUUCGGCUUGCCAAGCAUCGCCAGCAUGCGAAGGAAAGGCAAACGGAAACCCCUCAACAAAGGAAAAGAUCCCGGAGGCACCAGCAGCUCCCUCACAAGCCCGCUUGGAUCUGACUUUGGUUCGGCACAUUGGAGGAUGAACAGCGGCGACAUUGCUGAGGAGCGCAAUGGGAACACGAUCCCACUGUACCCCACCGCAAAGCCCACUGUAGGGAAGAUUUUGCGACCUCAGUACAAAGACAUCCUCCGCGACCCGGCAAAUGCGUUGCAUCUCAUAGCGCACCCUGCGCUCCCUCCAGGUGCUCCCCAGAAGGAAGUAGAAGAGCACUCAGCGCGAAUUGGGCGCAUCAACAAGUUCAAGCGCAUCCUACAGUCCAGUACCAUCACACUACCAGACCUGCGCUCGACAGCUUGGUCCGGAAUACCCGUGGAGGUGCGCCCAAUGACUUGGCAGCUUUUACUCGGAUACCUUCCCGCUAGCAGCGAACGCCGGGUCACGACGUUGGAGCGAAAGAGGAGGGAAUACUUGGAAGCCGUAAGACAGGCUUUUGAGAAAUCGAAUGCGAGUAGUGACGUUGGGACGGCAUCCGUCGCGUCGAGCAAAGGGCGCGGCCGAGGUCUCGACGAGGCUAUCUGGCACCAGAUCAGCAUUGAUGUACCUCGCACGAACCCACAUCUCGAGCUCUAUAGCUACGAAGCAACUCAAAGGUCCCUCGAACGGAUUCUUUACGUCUGGGCUAUCAGGCAUCCGGCCAGCGGCUACGUCCAGGGCAUUAAUGAUCUGGUGACGCCGUUCUGGCAGGUGUUUUUGGGUGCAUACAUCACCGACCCAGAUGUUGAGUCGGGAAUGGACCCAGGCCAAUUACCAAAACCGGUAUUGGAUGCCGUUGAGGCGGAUUCCUUUUGGUGUCUUACGAAGCUGCUGGACGGCAUUCAGGACAACUACAUCUUUGCGCAACCGGGUAUUCAGAGGCAGGUCGCUAGCCUACGCGACCUCACAACCAGGAUUGACAAGACGCUGGCGACACAUCUCGAGAGAGAAGGGGUGGAGUUCAUCCAAUUCAGUUUCCGCUGGAUGAAUUGUCUUCUCAUGCGCGAAAUCAGCGUAAAGAACACAAUCAGGAUGUGGGAUACAUAUUUGGCUGAGGAGCGAGGCUUUUCCGACUUCCACCUCUACGUUUGCGCUGCUUUCUUGGUCAAAUGGACCGACCAACUCGUCAAGAUGGACUUCCAAGAAAUCAUGAUGUUCCUCCAAAGUCUACCUACGCGUAGUUGGACCGAGAAGGAUAUUGAGCUCCUUCUUAGUGAGGCUUUCAUAUGGCAAAGCUUGUUCAGAGGUAGCAGCGCACACCUAAAGGGACAGAGUACGAAGGUCGGGAACGGUAUGGUUGGAAUGGGUCCUGGUUGA